AUACUGUAGUUCUAGCUGCCUCAAAACCCUAGAGGCUAGGCUCCGGGCCUUGGCGGCGAUCGAUCGAUCCAUCUCAUGGCGGCCGUGAUGGCGGCGACGACGGCGUCCCCUGCUGCUGCUGCCGCGGCGCCGGCGGAUACGUCACCGCCGCCGCCUCCUCCUCCUCCUGCCGUCCCAGGUGUGGCUGCUCCUUCCGGCGUCUCGCUCUAUGUGGGAGAUCUGGACGAGACUGUGGCGGAGACUCAGCUCUUCACCAUUUUCUCCCAGAUGGGCCUGGUUACCUCUGUGCGCGUCUGCCGCGAUGCCGUGACGAGGAGGUCCCUUGGCUAUGGAUAUGUGAACUACUCUUCUGGCGCCGAUGCGGUGCGAGCUAUGGAGGCCUUGAAUUACACGCCCAUCAAUGGGAAGACCAUCAGGAUAAUGUGGUCUCACAGGGACCCCAGUACGCGCAAGAGUGGCGUGGGGAACAUCUUUAUCAAGAACCUUGACGAGUCCAUCGACAACAAGGCCCUCCACGAUACUUUCAUUGCCUUUGGCCCGAUUCUGUCCUGCAAGAUUGCUCAUCAAGAUGGAAGAAGCAAGGGGUAUGGUUUUGUCCACUUUGAAACGGACGAAGCUGCAAACCUCGCAAUCGAGAAGGUCAAUGGGAUGCAGCUAGUCGGAAAGAAAGUGUUCGUGGCCAAGUUCGUGAAGCGGAGUGACAGGCUUGCAGCAACCGGCGAGACCAAAUUCACGAAUGUUUUCGUCAAGAACCUUGACCCGGAAAUGGCGGAAGAAGAGAUCAAGGAGCAUUUCUCGACUUUUGGAGUCAUUACCAACGUGGUCAUAAUGAAAGACGAGAACGACAAGUCUAAAGGUUUUGGCUUCGUGAAUUUUGACGACCCGGAGGCUGCAAGGGCAGCGGUUGAAACGAUGAACAACAGCCAACUUGGAUCCAGAACAAUAUACGUCGGAAGGGCGCAGAAGAAGGCGGAACGUGAGCAGAUACUUCGCCGACAAUUCGAAGAGAAACGGAUGGAACAGUUCCAGAAGUAUCAGGGAGCCAAUUUAUAUGUGAAAAACCUCGAUGAUUCCAUAGACGAUGAAACUCUAAAGCAGGAGUUCUCUCGCUAUGGCAACAUCACGUCAGCAAAAGUAAUGCGCGAUGAGAAGGGCAUCAGCAAGGGCUUCGGUUUUGUGUGCUUCACGUCGCCAGAAGAAGCUUCAAGGGCAGCCACAGAGACAAACGGCCUUAUGAUCAAUGGAAAGCCGAUAUAUGUUGCUAUGGCCCAGCGCAAGGAGAUAAGGCAAGCUCAGCUUCAGCAGCAGUAUGCUCAGCGCAUGAGCGGCUUGAUGCCUCCCCCCGGUGCUCAAGUUGCAGCUGCCUAUCCUCCAGUCUACUACGCUGCCCCUCCUGCGCUCUUGCCACAGGUACCUCAAAGGCAAGGCCUCAUGUAUCAGCCUGUCAUGAGGCCCGGAUGGAGAACUGGUCCGCUAGCCCCACCAGGAAGGCCAUCACUGCAACCUUUGCCACCGUACGCUUUGGUUCCUAACGCGCAGAGGCAGCAGAGACAGGUUAGGAACCGGCCUCCAGGGGGACAACCGCUUGCGCAAAUACCACAGCUGCAGAUUCCACAGCCGCAAGCCAUUCAGCCUGGCGGCUACAAAGAAAACGGAAGAAACCAACAGCAACGACCACGGCAGGCUAUGAAAUAUGUCAACAAUGGCAGGCCUCGGGAUGGAGCAGCAGCGGGCGGGCCGGUGCUCAUGGUCCCUGGAAACAUGCCCAUGGGUGGAAACGACGUUCUUAGCAUGAUGUCGGCGGCGUCUCCACAGCAGCAAAAGCAGCUACUGGGAGAGCGUCUCUUCCCUCUCGUCCGGACACACCAGUUUGAUCUUGCGGGCAAGAUCACUGGAAUGCUGCUGGAGAUGGACAACUCGGAGCUGCUUGUGCUACUGGAGACUCCCGAGGCUCUGGCCUCCAAGGUGGACGAAGCCGUUCAGGUGCUACAGCAGCACUCCAAGGCCUCCACGGUUCCAUCCUCGCCCCUCGCGGAGGUUCCAGUGGCUUAGAGCACCCAGCCGACGACGACGACAACAAGCAAAAAAGAAGAAAAAAAAGAGGAGAGAACCAUCGAUCGAUCGUUUUGAGUUUUGAGUAUGAGCUCCUCACAGUUUUGCCAGGCUUUUUUGUUUCGAAGACUCUUUUAGUUUGUAGCACUGUGCUGGCGCGAUCUAGAACACAGCAGUUUUGGCGCGGGAAAGAGUCUCCACUCUCUUUAUAUUUCUUUGUGUGUGUCCAGCUUAAAAAAAUCUAUUGGAAGAAGAAAGGGGAAUAUACUAA